AUGAAUAACAACCAAGGCCCACACUCCUCUGGCGGUGCUGCUGGUCACGAGCUCAAAGUCAAGGAGCAGGAUAUACGGUUGCCAAUAGCCAAUGCGCAGAGAGAUUUGAGGCCGACAUCCGUAAAUGCAGUCACCAGAAUAAUGAGGAAUGCUCUGCGGGACAAUGCAAUGAUUACCCGGGAGGCCAAGGAGUGUAUGCAGGAAUGUGUCGGCGAAUUCAUUUCCUUUAUCACUAGUGAAGCCUCCGAAAAGUGCCAACAAGAGAAGCGCAAGACCAUGAAUGGUGAAGACAUCUUGUUCGCUAUGACUUCACUCGGAUUUGAAAACUAUGCGGAAGCUCUGAAAGUCUACCUUGCCAAGUACCAUGAGCAAAAAAACCAAUCUAACGAAGGGCAUUUCAUGGAGCAUACUUGGGUUAGAUCAAUAAUGCCUGCUGAGGAUGGAGUUGGAGACAGCCAGAAUCUUGAAGAUGAAGACCCGAAUGAUUUCGGACCUUUCAUCGCGUACAACUAA